AUGGCACCCAGAAAACGCUUUAGGCUACUCGAAUUAGGGUCACCAACACAUUCUAAAAGGAAAGUUCAAAAACCUCUUCAAGAGAAGACCCCAAACUUGCGAGUUUCUCCACUUGCUUUUAAAAUUGGUAAAGAAAUCAAGAAUAAGGAAAUCAGAAAAACAAAAAAAACAGAAUCAGAAAAUAUAUUCAAUUCGAAACAUGUCGAUUUAAGACUAGAAAGCCCACAUCCAGGAUUAAAUUUUGUAAGUGAUGCUCAACAGUACUCAAAGGCUGGAGAUGUUCGAUAUUUGAAAAAUAAAUCAAGCAAUACCUUGAAAAACGAAAGACAAACAAUAGAGCGCCCCUCAUUUGAUAAUUCCUUAAGGUUCGAGGACAUUGAGCAGCCUCCAAAAUCUACUUCAACGCCGGUUCUUUCUCAAUCUUCUCAAAUAAAUGUAGAAAGAGAAGCACCCAUGUUUCCAGUUCCUUACUAUAUUGCUCCUUCUCCUAUGUAUAAUUUUAGCCCGUAUCAAAAUUUCGUUGGAAACCCAACGUUCCUGACGCCAAGUCAUAACCCAAACCUAAACUAUGCCAUUCCCAUCCAACGGCCGGAGUUGCUUUAUCCGAAUGUUAACGUAUACGAUUCGCCAUUGUUUAAGAAAACAAGACUGCCCCAUCAGACCAAAAGUCUAGAUAAAGAAAAAAAUUACCAAUAUCUUCCAAUAUAUCCGGUCUCGAUUUCUAAUAACGGAGAUUUUGUUGGCCAAGAGACACCAAGGGCAGCACCAAAGUUAAGUAAAAAGAGACUUUCAAAUACAUUGGAUGUUAAUUGUUCCGAUUAUGAGUCUAGUGGACAAAAUGCAACUUAUAAUGAUAGUGAGUCUUCCCUUAAUUAA